AUGACGGGUCACCAGCCACCCGAGUGCGGCACUUAUCAUAACAGAAGAGUGGGAGAUAAAGAUAUGCAUGAGGGGUUGAUGGAAACGGAGAAGUCUCAUGCCAUGGCGCGGAAGGAGGUCCUCGCCGCUCUGAUUUGUUCGUGCUUUUGUGUGGUCAUCGUCGUCUUCGGGGCUUUGGUGCGUGCGGGCGCGAUCGGUGGGUCGGAGGAUCUCGGACUCAUUUUGAUGCCUGGAGGAGGCUUCGUGCUUUUUUGCGUCAGUGUGAAACUGGUCUGGCUCAAGUGGGGGAAGAAAGGAACGGAGCGGAACAGGAUGGGCAGCACUACUACAUCAGGUGAGUUGUUUCCAGAAUUCAUACGCAGACUUCACCGCUUCAACAGUCACAUUCAACAGUCACAACUCCAAUCUUUCAAAUCACAUCACCUAACGCUGAAUGUUUUAGUUUGGCCCUUAGCAACGAGUCCAUUUGAUCCUCCGCCGUCGUACGUAGAGGCGCAGCUAAUAGUGCAUGGACCACUCAACCCUCUAUCGCUGUCACCAUCAGUGCAACUGGGAGCAGGGAUUCCUUCAAGUGGACCGGCAGCGUCGAGGACGCAGUUUGACCUUCCUCCCUCAUACGAAGAGGCUGUUCGAGGGGCCAAGGACGACGAACCUCCGCACAGCGGAGGUUCGUCGAAGGAGAGGUGCUGGAACGGUGAUAUUCAUCCUCUUUUAGGAAUUCGAAUUCCGGCUGACGGGACACGAAUCUGCUGA